CGAUUUCAUGCAUGUGGUCCGGCUGCAGUAGGAAAUCCAAAAUCUUGUAGUGAACGAUUUUAUUUGCUUUUAUAUUUCUUACUGAAUUGUGAUCGUAGUUUUUUUUCUUUUUUGUCAAGUAUUCAAAAUGUUUGCGAGGCAAGCAAAAAUGCGCAGGGAGUUCAUUUAUGGAAAAAUGAAGGAGCGCAAAGAAAAAUCUAAAUUAGAAAAGAAAAUGCAAGUCAAAAAGUCAUUAACAGAAAACAAAGUUCUUCCUACAACAGUACAAAAGGAAGCUUUGAAGAUACAGGAUUCUUUGGAAUGGGAUGAUGUUGCAGAUAAUCAAACAGAAGAUAUUGAUGAUGAAUAUCGCUAUGCCCUUGUAGAAGAUCCUAAGAUUGUCAUUACUACAAGUCGUGAUCCAAGUGUCAAAUUAAAACAGUUUGCAAAGGAGCUUCGACUUGUCUUCCCUAAUUCACAAAGAAUAAAUAGAGGAAAUUAUAGUUUUAAAGCACUUAUAGAAUCUUGUAAGAAAAAUGGAAUAACAGAUUUCAUCAUGAUAGAAGAGACCAGAGGAGAACCUGAUGGUUUGAUUAUCAGUCAUUUGCCUUAUGGGCCGACAGCCCGUUUUGCUAUCUAUGAUACUGUCAUGAGGCAUGAUAUUCCGGAUAUUGGUACAAUGCCACAAGAAUAUCCACACCUUGCCUUUCAUAACUUUAAAAGUAAACUGGGAAGUAGAGUAACUAGCAUUUUGAAACAUUUAUUCCCUGUUCCAAAAGAAGAGAGCAAACGUUUAAUUUCCUUUUUGAAUUGUGAUGAUUGGAUUUUGUUUAGGCACCACACUCACAUGGUUGAUGAGAAAGGAGAAAUACAACUUGUUGAAUUAGGUCCCCGAUUUGUUUUAAAAUUGUUUGUCAUAAAACGUGGAACUAUGGAUGAAUAUAAUACAGCUGAUACUGAAUGGGCUUUAAAUCAGUAUACAAAUACUGCUAAGAAAAGGAAAUUUUUAAGUGCUGAUCCACUGUUUGAAUAGUUUAGUGUAAUAUUUUCAGCUUCAAGCUGAAGAUUGUAUAAUAUGGAUUUUAUUUUAUUUUUGUACAGAAAAAUGUUUGAAUAAAUUUUUGUACAUAAGAUUA